GAGGCAGCAGCCCAGACGAGCUGCCCGCCUGUGGUGAGGAGGGUGAGUAGAGGGGGAAGAGGGGAGAGAGGGUUGGAAGUGGGGUGGUGACAGGGGAUUAAUAUGGCUGAUCCCUUAUGUACUUGUAUAGAAACGUGCUGUGUGAUAGUGCUACAUAAAUACCGGGCUGGGACCCUGAAAUGAUGGCCAGGUUAUGGGCUGCACUGCUGUGAGGAGCUGAGGUCAGCACAUGCAUGUCUCGCGUACCUCUGAGGGAGAAUGAUUCUGUACAUGGAUAUAUACAUGCCCAUGUACAUGACUGUAUGUAUGGGUAUUUGGGCAUACAUACAUACUUUAAAAAAAUAAAGAAUACAAAGAAAAACUGUAAAUCCAGCAUUGCUGGUAGUUUGCUCUGUUACACCUUGCUUGGAAGCAGAUGGCAGCUGUAUCUUUUCAGAUGCUGGCUGCAUCUUUCCACUUGAACAUUUAUUGUUAAUGACUGGUAGAUUCUUAGUUUCUCCAGAGCUGGAAGAGUGAGUGUUAACCUCCUCUUGUCAAUUACAAUUGCUUCUCAGGACCUUUGGGAUGAGUUGUAAAUAAAAAUAUCUCUCUCCAACAGAAUGAGUGCCACAUCAGCCACAAGCCAUGCCUUGCUUGGGCCCGAACAAGAGGACCAAGAGGGCUCUGAGACACACAUGUCUGUUUUGUGGUAUGCAGGGCAGCUGGCAAUUACUUAUUAUGAUACAGAAGAUUGCUCAGUCUACUUCAUGCCUGAGAUACCCGAUAAUGAAGACCUCAAGCUACUGCAAAAAGUGACUGGGGAACUUAAUCCUCAAUGCAUAGUGACCAGUGCAAAACAGGACCAGAAUAUUGCCAAAUUCCUGACCAACCUAACAGCUACUGCUGGUGAUAAAGACAUUGGAAAACCAGAAAUUGUCCUGUUUCCUAAUGUAGAUUUUGGUCUAGAAGUCAGCAAGCAAAGGAUCCUAUCUAGGCAAUUUCCAUUUAUCCCAUCUCAUAUGACUGAAACAGAGAAAAUUCUCUACUUGUCUUCAAUCAUCCCUUUUGAAAGCCCACUCAUGAUACGAGCCUUAGGGGGCCUCCUGAAGUUUCUAGACAGGAGAAGGGUUGGAGUUGAGCUUGAAGACAGCAGUGUAGCAGUUCCUAUUUUGGCCUUUAAAAAAUUUGUGCUGUCAGAUACUGUGAAUAUGGACCAAGACACUUACUGUGUCCUGCAGAUAUUUAAAAGUGAUAUCCAUCCUUCUGUGUACAAGCUGUCCAGUGGACUAAAAGAAGGAUUCAGCUUAUAUGGAAUUUUAAACCGCUGCAGAUGCAAAUGGGGAGAAAAACUUCUGAGGCUGUGGCUCACACGACCUACUCGGAACUUGACAGAGCUGAACAAACGGCUAGAUGUUAUCAGCUUCUUCCUGAUGGCUCAGAACCAUGAAACAGUCCUCACUCUUCAAAACUGCCUCAAGAAUAUUAAAAAUGUGCCUCUUAUUCUAAAAAGAAUGACUCUUUCCAACACAAAAGUUAGUGACUGGCAAGCACUCUAUAAAACAGCAUACAAUGCAGUGUGCCUCAGAGACACGUGUCGUUCUCUGCCCAACACUAUUGAACUUUUUCAGACUAUUUCACAUGUCUUCACUGAUGAUCUGCACUACAUUGCUAAUCUAAUCAGCAAAGUGGUAGACUUUGAAGGCAGCCUCUCAGAGAACCGCUUCACUGUUAGACCCAAUGUGGACGCCACUAUUGAUGAGAAGAAACGAAAGCUGAUGGGAUUGUCAGACUUCCUUACAGAAGUGGCACGAAAAGAACUGGAGACUUUGGAUGAUCAUAUUCCUUCCUGUUGUGUGAUCUACAUUCCUUUGAUUGGGUUCCUUCUCUCCAUUCCACGGCUACCAGAUAUGGUGGAAAAGAGUGACUUCGAAAUUGAAGGCCUGGACUUCAUGUUCUUGUCAAACGAUAAACUGCACUACAGAAGUGCUCGGACUAAGGAGCUAGACAGCCUGCUGGGUGACUUGCACUGUGAGAUCAGAGACCAGGAAACACUUAUCAUGCACCAGCUGCAGACAAAGAUCUUGGAGAAGUCUGAAGUACUUAACAGUGUGAUUGAGUACACUGCACACCUAGAUGUGCUCCUAGCUUUGGCAGCGAUGGCCCGGGAGAACGGCUACUGCCGACCUCACUUUACUCACCGUCACGGCUUCCACAUCAAGGAUGGAAGACAUCCCCUCAUGGAACUAUGUGCAAAGACUUUCGUGGCCAAUCCUGUGAACAGUGGUGAGGCUACCAGACGAAUAAAGAUCAUCACAGGGCCCAACUCAUCUGGAAAGAGUGUUUACUUAAAGCAAGUAGGUCUUAUAGUAUUUAUGGCUCUAAUUGGCAGUUAUGUCCCUGCAGCAGAGGCAGAGAUUGGAGUAAUUGAUGGCAUUUACACAAGAAUCCACAGUAGGGAAUCGGUUUCUGUAGGGCUCUCCACUUUCAUGAUUGAUCUUAACCAGGUUGCAAAGGCCGUAAACAAUGCCACAGAGAGGUCCCUGGUACUUAUUGAUGAGUUUGGUAAAGGGACAAACACACUGGAUGGCCUGUCCCUUCUGGCUGCUGUCCUGAGGUACUGGAUCAGACAAGGAACACAGUGUCCACAGGUCUUUGUCUCCACUAAUUUUCACAGUUUAAUGCAGCUAGAACUCCUGCCUGACACACCUCUUCUGGAGUAUCUGACCAUGGAGACCCACCAGGAUGGAGAUGAGUUGAUAUUUUUCUAUCAGAUCAAAGACGGCGUGUCCACUGUUAGUCAUGCUGCCAACAUUGCAGCAUUAGCAGGAAUGCCAGCCAAAAUUAUUGAAAGAGGAGUGGAAAUAUCAGAACUGAUUCGCAAUGGAAAACCUAUCAAAUGUCUUGAUCAUCCUUCAAAAGGAGAUCGGGUGGAAAAAUGCAAGUCUGUUGUAGAAAAGUUUCUUUCCUUAGACCUUGAUGAUCCCCAUGUGGACUUGGAAGAGUUCCUGAGGAAGGAGGUGCUACCUUCUGCAGCCUCAGUCCUGUAACGGGACAGCUAGAAGCACAAGGAUUUUGGGAAGUUUUCAGUGGCGCACCUGAUCUCAGGAAUGUCCAACUAAGCAUGAAGAAUGGGUUGCUCCCACUUCUCAGCAGGAAG